UUUAAAAUCAAAUGAAAUGAUGAACGGCCGAAACCUAAUCCUUCUCCUUCCUCUGUGACACCUCCGGCUUCUAUCUUUCUCCUUUCGAUCUUCUUCCCCUAUACUCAUCUAUUUUUCGCCGGCGACAGCAAAUUUUACCUUGGGCCGGCCAGAUCUCGACGGUAACUCCGCCGCUCUUCCUUAUCUUCAACCUGCGGUGAUAGAGAUUGAACGCGCAACAGAGGGCCAAACGCAAUGAGCAAAUCAGAGGGGCCAUCUUCACUCAAGAGAAAAAGGCCAGAUUUGGGUAUGAAGAAUUCCUCUGGAGGAGCUCUAAUUGGGCAAGAAAAAGUGCUUUAUGACCUGAUUUGCAGCAAGCAAAGCAUGGGGAUUUGCACUUUCGACAUGAAAAGAGAAACAAAGUUUGCUGAAAGUGUGGUAACAAAAUCCCUCAAGUCCCUUCAAGCCAGAGGCCUGGUAAAGAUGGUCCAACACUAUCAAAACAAAGGUAAGAAGUUUUACCUGUCAACCGACUUCGAACCAGCUAAGGAAUUAACUGGCGGUAAUUGGUAUCGAGACGGGGAGCUCGACAAAGACUACAUCAAUACUCUCAAACAAGUUUGUGCAAGAAUGAUACAGAGGAAGAAGGUGAUCACCAUUGAAGGAAUUGUGGAGUCUUUCAAACAGAGUGGAGCUUUCAAAGUGGAGUUGUCAAGAGAGCAAAUUGAAGAGAUUGUAAAUGCUUUGGUGUUGGAUAAUCAAGUGAUGGAGGUGAAAAGCUCUGGAUUUGGAGAAUUUGAAUUUAUUCCAGUUGGGAAGAUUUGUUAUAAGUAUUGUACUCAAGGAGGAGGGCUCAAAGGAGAGCCCAAAACAGGGGCAAUGACUUCCAUUCCUUGUGGAGUCUGUCCAAGGAUCACUGAUUGUACUGAAAAUGGUAUCAUUUCUCCCACCACUUGUGUUUAUUAUGCCAAGUGGUUAAAUUUUUAAGGAACCAUUUUCAACAUACAUAUAUAUACAUGAUGUGCUUAUAUAUUUAAGUUGUCCCGAGUUAUUAGCCGAUGA